CCGUAGGUGAAAAGGAUGGAUACUUCCAUUGUUGGUCGUCGAAGAGCAGCAUUGCUCAAAAGAAUUCUCCCAUCCAAACGAAACACAGAGGGAAAUCCAAAUCAUAAUGAUCCGCAACGUAUUCGGAAAAGCGGUGACGAAAUCGACGGCACUGAGCCUACUGGAAUACAAGAAUAAGGAUGAGAGUGCAAUCAGUAGUGUUGACUUGGCAAAGGUAGCCCUGGCCUUAAAGAACUCGCAGGGGAAGGGGAAAGACGAAGAAGAAGUGCUAAGGUCUGUGCAGAUUGUUAGAGAAAUAUGUGGCCGAAAGCAGGAGGAAGAAUUCUGUACUCUUGGUUGGAUUUACAAUGCCACCGGCAGCGCCAUCACUCUUCUCGACACCCACAACGGACGAGGUAAGCUUGCAGCUUCGACCCUUUACCCAGUGCGAAUUGAGAAUGGACAAUGGGGUAUGUUUCUUCACGAACAAAGUUGUCUUGAAUCAUCUGGAGCUGUUGUGUAUGAAGGCUACAAUUCUGAUUAUCUUCAAAUUUGCUAUUGGUGUGUUGCUUGGAAGAAUCGAUCUAUGUCUUCCUCUCCCCAGGUUCAUGUGAAGAUUGGAAGAGAUAUAGAUUGGUGCAAGAAUGAAUGGAACAAUGUUUAUAGAACAUUAGAAAACAGUGGCUCUUUGCAUAGGAUCAAAGAGAAAGGAUGGCUUUCAGUUAUCUCAGCCAGCGCUCGCCCUAAUGUUGUUUUUGAAGCACUUCUCACUAUGGACCAUGACCAUCUGUGACUAAUCUAAUUCAUAGCACUUGAAAAGCCUUCAUUUGUAUAUUACCUUUACUUUGUGUUUUGCGAGUUGUGUCGUUUUACUUAAUUUACUCAUAAAUGGAGUUUUAAAAUGUAUGUUAUAUCUUGUUGUUUAAGAUAUUUGAGUGAACAGUUUGUAACCUUUUUUUUUUCUUUUGAGAAGUUGUUUAAUAUGUGGUGGUGUUUAAGUCGUUUGAGCGAAACAUUUGUAAUACAUUUAGUUUAAUAUAAUAUAUGUGCCGUUGUCGGAUACAU